AGGGGUCAGCUUUGAACCGGAAGUGGGUGCUGGGUUCACUUCCGGUGUAAAUAGACUGCAAGAGAAGGCGGCACCGCGCUGAUUUCGCGCGCCCGCUCAGCGCGCCUCGGUUAACAACAACAACAGGCACUUAAUAACAACAAGAACAACAACAUCGUUAUAGAUUAGCAGGAGCAGCAGCAGCGAAGACAACAAUGCAAGCUUCGGAGCUUGAUGCGGUGGUGGAGGUGGUGAAAGGCGGCGAUCAGAACGCGGUCCUCAAGGCGCUGCAGGGAUUCAACUGCGCGCAUUCACAGACGUUCAUGUUUUCUGAAAGUGACAAAGAUUUGCGGGAGACGUUGUGUGAGGCGGUGCUCUGCUUCCUACGCCGAGACGUUCAGCCGGCUUGCCAAGCAAGCGCCCUCGAGAGCCUGCGCGUGUUGUCGCGCGACAAGACGGCGCUGGGAUCGCUCGCCACCGAGCAAGGCCUUGGUGUGCUGGCGCGCCACGCGGGCCUCACGUACUCUCCCACCGCGUCCGUGUGCGAGCUACCAGACACAGAUACCAUGACGGAGGCGCUGAAAUGCCUGUGUAACGUGGUGUUCAACAGCCCCGCUGCACAGCGCUACUCGGAGGAGCUGCGUCUCGAGUCCGGAAUUGUCAGCCGGCUGAAGAUGUCUGCCGCGCUCACGCACGACGUCCGGUUCUUCGACCUGCGCCUCCUCUUCCUGAUCACGGCGCUGCGGCUGGGCGUGCGAGCGCGCGUCUCUCGCGAGCUGCGCGGCCUCGCCCUCCUCACCGAGGCCCUCGAGUCCAUGCUGGCGCCGCCCUCGCUCGACCCGCCCGAGCCCUGCACCCUGUCGCCCCCGCUGAGCAACUCCUGCCCUUCCUCCGCCUCGUCGUCGUCGUCGUCGUCGUCGUCGUCGUCAUCGGCGACGGCUGUGGGCAACGGGAUGAGCCUGCGCGAUAUCCACGAGACGGCCGCGCUGCUGCCGCAAACGCCGCCGCCCUGCUCUGCGUCAGCGAGCUCUCCGGCCGCAGCUAGCAGCGAUGACAGAGGAGGAAGCGAAGAGGUUGGGCUCGGGGAUGAAGAGGGCGCGCCGUUGUAUGGAACUAACUGCCACCUGUCCCGGCAAGACGUGGAGAGGGCCAUGGAGAUUCUCAAGAUUCUCUUCAACGUCACCUACGACUGCAGCCGCAGAAAGGUAGAUGAGGAGGACGCCGCACAGUAUUGCGGCCUCGUCUCGAUUCUUCGUCGCUGCCUCAUGGCCACUGCAGAUGGGGAGGACCGGACGGAGGAAUUCCAUGGGCAUACAGUGAACCUCCUGACGAACCUGCCACCCUCUUCGCUGGAGGAGCUGCUGUCACCCCCCGUGCGGCCCGGCUCGGCAGAGUACAAUGGGCGCAACAUGGACGUGCCGGUGGCCCUGCUGGGCUUCAUGGAGAAACGCCUCGACCGGGGCCAUCGUUUGAAAGAGAACCUCACGCCAGUUGUCAAUCUGCUCACUGAGUGUUCCCGGCAGCACAGUGACAUGCGCAAGUUUCUCCGCAACCGGGUGCUGCCCCCAUUGAAGGAUGUCACAAAUCGGCCGGAGGUGGGCAACACGCUGAGGAACAAGCUGGUGCGUCUCAUGACUCACAUCGACACCGACGUCAAGCACUGUGCUGCAGAGUUCCUCUUCGUGCUGUGCAAAGAGAGUGUGGCACGCUUUGUCAAGUACACUGGCUAUGGGAAUGCAGCGGGCCUGCUGGCGGCGCGGGGGCUCAUGGCCGGCGGACGGGGCGAGGGCCACUACUCGGACGACUCCGAUUCAGACACAGAGGAGUACCGGCAAGCGAAGCCCAACAUCAACCCCAUAACGGGACGUGUGGAAGAAAAACUCCCCAACCCCAUGGAGGGGAUGACUGAUGAGCAGAAGGAACAUGAAGCUAUGAAACUCGUCAGCAUGUUUGACAAACUCUCACGGGAGCAGAUCAUCCAGCCCAUGGGUGUGGGUGUGGAUGGGAAGUUGGCACCCCUGGAGGAAACCAUGCAAAACUCAAGUCCUCCACAUUCCAACAAUUCAGACUCAGACUCGGACUGAUCACGUCACAUGCGAACGUUCCAUUACCCGAAACUUAAACCAAAUCUGACUCCUUUAGGGCACAACGCAUUACUCGGCUUUCUUGCACUGUUGAUCACUACCACUGAAACUAAAUAUAUCCAUGCCACUCCACCGCGCAGCCCCUCGCACUGACUUCUGUCUGAAGCGUUCGGUGAAAUAUGGGCCCAGCCAUGAAAAAUCUCCUACUUCCUGAUCGUGAACAAUGGCUAUCGCUAACUUUAACAUCAGCCCAAAAAACACAGAUGUGCAUCUUAAAUGGCAGUGAAGACUGUCUAUACAUAAUGCUCACCCUAUUUUGCCAACCUUCACCCCCAAAUUGCUUCAUUCUUAACCCUGGCCAUUAACAUGAUAUAUUUAUUUAACCAUAACUCUGACCAUAUGCUCUAGUUUUGACUUAACAGUAGCUUUAGCUCCAGCACAACCCAUGACUCCUCGUGCUGUCUCUUAUCCAUUACGUAGUUCUAACUCGGUUCCAGACUUUGUCCCUAAUAAAGGCUAAACACUAGUCUGCACGUAGCUAACUACCCAGCCCAGGUUUCUCAAUAUCUAGCUAAGAUGUAAUCAGGAGAUGCACAUCAACAUUAAAUUCCAGGCGGUGGUUUCUGUCAUGAUGUACCCGAUGUAUGUUGACCCAUCCGAUUAUCCCUCUGGGGUCAAUAAAUUGGUUACCAAUUUGUGGAAAGUCAAUAGUAAUUGUCCAAAGGAUAGACUUGCCCCCACCAUAGAACUACGUCUUUUUUUUGUACCACUGGCGUCAGGGUCUGGAUCGAACCCAGGCCUGUAUACCAGGCGAGGGAGUUAACAGCUCUCCACCAUGGCGCACCCAUGUUUGUCUCCCGUCUCAAUAGUGAUCGCUUACAAGAGUGAUAAUAAGCUCAGUUUGACUAAGCGCUUUUCAAAUGAGUACAGUAAUCCCUUGCCAACUGCGAAUUUACCAACCGCGAGGUUUUUCGAGUAUACGCGGAUUUACUUCUGGAUACCCAUCGUUUACCAGCCACGGUCUGGACAUUUGAGUAUCCACGGGUGAUCACGGUGUUGAGGAAUUCACGUGACGCGUGUAUCUCACUGCAUCACAGCCUGACAUCGUUAUUGCAUUACCGAUAAAGUUAUAUUUUUUUCCCCGAUUUCUGGAAAGGGUUAAAUUUGCUCUUAAUCGUGGUGGUGGUGGUGGUGGUGAGAGUGCUGCGUCAGUGGCCCCGAGCAAGAGGGGGAGGGGUGGGCUGAGCCCCCUCCUCCAACCAGCCCCCCCCCAUCAUCUCAUGGUCAUCGUCACCAUCAUCAUCGUGAAUAUUAAAGAUCUGUAAACGUGAUAUUUAUUUAUGAUUUUGUGUAAUGUACUGUAUUUUAUUUGGUGUUUAUUGAAUUAACAGGCAACGUAGUUAAGCUACGACUAGUCUGACCACAGUAAUGGUUUCCUCUAACCCCCUAUUACUUCCCAUAGGCCCUGUACUUCACCAUCAGCGGCAUUUACCUACCGCGGAAUUUUCCAGGAACCGAACCCCCGCUGUUGUCGAGGGAUUGCUAUAAUCUCAAAAGCGCUGUACGUGGGAGGUAAAAAAGUUGAAUGAAAAUAAUAUUAAAAUAAAACACUGACCAGUAAAAACCCAAUC